AGUUUGAGGUGCUGCUUAUGAGAAAGUCAGCACUGGGACAGCCAGGCACGCUGCUAGGAUAUACUUUACAAGCUAGAGGAGAAAACAAUCCACUGCAAUUAAAACGACGAAAACACUGCAGGUGUAUACCUGAAGAGAAGGACAACAGCCCGCACAAGAAGCAGAGAAGAGUGACACUUCCAUAACAAAACACACGAGACAGCAGAACUUUCUGUUUCCAUCUGAGAAGAGACGUUACCUGCUCCAGCCUCUUCUGUUCAAAGUUUUGCCCUGGAGUGCAGCACUGAAGACUGGAAAGUUCCUGUGGAACUGUCUCUCUCUCCUCCUCUGCACACAAGAAAAAGACAGGACAAUUUAUUAUUUAUGUAUUUAUUAUUUUAAAAGAAGGAGAAGAAGAAAUCAUCAACAACAACAACAACAACAACAACAAUAAUAAUAAUAAUAAUAAUAAUAAUAAUCUGCACUGGCCAACUGCACUACAUGAGCUAUAUUUGACCUAGCAGGAUACGUUGCCAGCAGUGCUAUAUAAAAAAAAAAAAAAAAAAAAAACUUGGCAGGUGUAUAUUUAUAUAUAUACAUAUAUAUUUGUCCAUUUUUAAAUAUACUUUUUUAAACAGAGGCUGUGUGCGCAUAGGCUAUCCUAUCCGUUGGCUCGAAGGACUGAAGUUGUAUGGAGUGAGAUGGCCUCCGACCUCGCUAUGAGUACAGAGCUGCCGAACAGCCCCCUUGCCAUUGAGUACGUCAACGACUUCGACCUGAUGAAGUUCGAGGUCAAGAAGGAGCCCCCGGAGUCUGAGAGGUACUGCCACCGUCUCCCGCCCGGCUCCCUGUCCUCCACCCCUAUCAGCACCCCCUGUUCCUCAGUGCCUUCGUCCCCAAGUUUCUGCGCGCCCAGCCCCGGAGAGCAGUUCAACACCAACCCUAACAACAACAACAUCAUCAACAACCACCAAAACGCUCCCACCAAGCCUCAGCUGGAGGACCUGUACUGGAUACCCAACUACCAGCAUCACCUCAACCCGGAGGCCCUGAACUUGACCCCUGAGGACGCUGUGGAAGCCCUCAUCGGCAAUGCUCACCACCACCACCACCAUCACCACCAGGGCUACGAGGGGUUCAGGGGGCAGCAGUUCGCUGAUGAGGAACUCUCCGCUGCGGCCGCCAGCCACCACCAUCAAGCUCACCACCACCACCAUAACCACCACAUGCGGCUGGAGGACCGCUUCUCCGACGACCAGCUGGUGAGCAUGACAGUACGAGAGCUCAACAGGCAGCUGCGCGGUUUCAGCAAGGAGGAGGUGAUCCGUCUCAAGCAGAAGCGCCGGACCCUGAAGAACCGCGGCUAUGCCCAGUCGUGUCGGUAUAAGCGGGUCCAACAGAGGCACAUGCUGGAGAGCGAGAAGUGCACCUUGCUGAGUCAGGUGGAUCAACUCAAACAAGACGUGGCGAGGCUGGCAAAGGAACGGGACAUGUACAAGGAAAAGUACGAGAAACUGGCGAGCCGGAGCUACAGCAGCAGAGAUCUCACAUCCAACCAGACGAAAAGCGCAUCAUCUGCCGAAUUCUUCAUGUGAAGGUGUUCGUCUCUCUCUCUCUCUCUCUCUCUCUCUCUCUCUCUCUCUCUCUCUCUCUCUCUCUCUCUCUCUGCAAUACCUUUGUUACAGAACUUCCCGUAUUGUUAUAGACUAUACACGAACUUUUAAAACUGUUUAUACUUAUUUUUUUCUGCUCAAUGUUUAUUCAACAACAGAAUUGAUCUACAUGUAAACCUUAUAAUUAAAAGUAGCCCACCUCAUAAUUCUCCAACCCGUUUUUGUUUCAGAAACAGUAAAAUAACUAUUAAUGAUAAUAAAAUAAAGUGACUACGAGCUUUCCCUUUAAACUGAAAUGUUUUAGCGAACACUUUCUGGAAUUUGUAAAUAAUUCUAAAGGACCGAGUGAAAAAAAGAAGAUAUAUAUAUAUAUAAACAAACUAACUAUAUGCACAAUUGUCUUAAACCAACGAUUUGUUUCGAUGUGUUUUUAGCACAAGCUGUUUUCAAAAACUCGAACGUCUUAAACUGCAAAAAAAAAAAAAAGGAUGGAUCGGAUCUUUUUUUUUGAAGACUUGACUUUCUAUAAGUAAAAAGCAAUACAAUUUAACAAUGCAUCUUCUGUCAAGAACACCUCUUGUUGGACUGCCAACUUCGGACGACACGAAACUAAAAAAGAAAGAGAGACAUGUGGUCCUAUUGUGAGUCUUAAAAAAAUAAGACUUUUUAGAAACCCUGCAUGCAGGACAUGUAUGGCAUUUCGAAGUCCUUUUUUUCUACUUAAUUGACCAGGAUAAGAAGCAUGGCCCAAUAUUCUUCUUUUUGCAGCAGUUAAGUUGCGGCAGGUUGCAUCCUCAUUGGCCGAAGCAGAGAGAUACUUGAAAAAGCGACAAUGCAACGAAGUGACUGUGGGAAGUCAGCACAGAAAAGGGAUGAGUGUUAACGCUAUUUUCAUUCUAUUUUAUUGUUUUAAAGAGAGAACCUGAGCCAGAUUCUAGAAUUAUUUAUGGUGUCCACUUGUAAAUAUGUAGAAUUCAUAUGGGAUGUUUUUUUUUCUGAGCCUUUUUUUGCUUGAUGCUGAUUAAGAAAAAAAAGUCUUAAUAAUGAAACGUUUGUAUGUAACGGCAUGCAAAUAAUAUACAAUAUUCUAAUUUAAAUGAAGAUGUAGACUUGUAAGAAAAGCCUAAUGCACUAUAGUAAAAAUAAUUGGAUUACUAUGUUACUGUUUUAUAUGAAAUUUGAUUGCUAUGCUGUUAAUAAUUAUUUAAAAGGUGGAUAUAUUAACAUUAUCAAAAAUGACAUGACAAAUAUAAUAAUAUAUGGACUGCAAUCCGUUUGCUGCUAAUUCUCUAUGCACCAUCUAUUUAUUCCCCCUUUGUAUGGAUCUUCGGAUUUUGACCCAGAUUAAAAUCAUUCAUGUUCCCAAAAUACUGCACAUUUUUGUGUAAAACACCAGUAGAUCUACUGUAAAGGUUAUCAGAUCCACAACAUGUGCUUCUUAUUGAUAUAUAAUUAUUUAAAUUCAUUAAAUAAAAACCUGCAGAGUUGCGACCUUUUGAAAGGAUGUGCAAAAGCUUGUCUAAAAUUACUUUUUUUUUUUACUGAACAAGAACAUAUUCUGCAAUGGAAUCUGAGUGAAUUCAACUGAUCAAACGACUGUCAAUAAAAUAUUUGAACAAAUUCGCGUUUCUUCUGAUAUUGUGGGGAAAGUUAAUUACAUG